AUGGAUCUAUCUUCAUUGCUCUUUCUUCUACAGUUACUCUCCCAUUCCAAUACCCAGCAGCCAGGAAAAACGCCGGAAAACCCAGCCUCAUUCAUCAUAACAGACUGUGGGAAUGGAUCAAAGUGCAAGGAGGUUUCUGGUGGCCUGACAAUUGAUGCCAAUUGGCGUGCAACAUAUGUUAUGAACCAAGACCAGAAGAACUAUUGCAAUGAUGGAGGUUCGUGGACUUCGGUUUGCUCAGGUAGUGGUGAAGAAUGUGCUAAAACCUGCAUGAUCGAUGGCACUGAAAACUAUGCAGAAACAUAUGGUGUCUCGUCAACUGCAAAAGGCUCUAUCACCAUGCGUUUUUUAACCAGAAGUGUGAAAGGCCAGAACAUUGGUUCUAGGUUGUACUUCCUUGAGAGCAGCGGGGACAAGUACCACAUGUUCAAGCUUAAAAACAGGCAAUUUGAAUUUGAUGUUGAUGUGUCAAAACUGCCAUGUGGUGUCAAAGGAGCUCUAUACUUCACAUCCAUGGAGCAGGAUGGUGGUAAAUCAAAACACCCAAGCAAUGCGGCGGGGGCAAAGUACGGCACUGGUUAUUGUGAUGCCAAAUGCCCAAAGGAUAUCAAAUGGGUGGAAGGACAAGCCAAUAUCAAGGGCUGGAAGGCUGAUGGGGAAGGUUCAGGAAAAGGUGAUAUGGGAGUUUGUUGUCCUGAAAUGGACGUUUGGGAGGCAAAUUCAUUUGCACAGGCAUUCACGUCACAUACUUGCAAUCCCUUAACAUCCAAAGUAUGUACUGGUGAUCAAUGUGGAGAUACCAGUGCCAAUAGAUACAACGGAUUUUGCGACAAGGAUGGUUGUGAUUUUGCUUCUUAUCGGUUUGGUGCUCAAGAUUUCUAUGGUCAAGGCAAGAAAUUGGAUACCAGCAAGAAGUUUACUGUGAUCACACAAUUCAUCACCCAAGGCAAUACCAACAAAGGGGAACUCAUAGAAGUCCGCAGAAUGUAUCUCCGUCAGGAUGGAACCCUUAUCCAAAAUGAACCGGUAAAGGUUCAAGGGCUUGACAAAAAGGCUGACUCAUUGACAGACAAAUUCUGUCAAGCAAACAAGGAUAUAACCAAAGAUCAAAACUCUUUCAAGGAGCAUGGUGGGAUGAAGGCAAUGGGACAAGCCAUGAAGAAUGGGAUGGUUCUUGUCAUGAGUAUCAUGGAUGAUAAAGAAGACAAAAUGCAGUGGCUUGAUGGCAUCUAUCCUCCUAAUGGUUCUGCGGACAAGUAUGGUGUGAAGCGAGGACCUUGUGAUCCAAAUUCUGGUGAUCGACAAAAUAUCCUAACUGGAAACCCAGCAGCUGAGGUUGUCUUUUCAAAUGUCAAGAUUGGACCCAUCAAGAAUCCCACUACAGCUAACAAACCAACUGGCAUCAAACAGAAACGGUCCACCUAUCACAUUUAA